AUGAAAUCCAUGCAAUUUAUUUGCAGUGCACUCGUGAUGAUCAUUAUUGGCUUUGUCCAAUUCAGUGCUAGUGCACCAACAGACCCAACAAUCAUUUCACAAAACUAUUUCGAUCCAUCCAAUUCGUCUUUGAAUGUACGUACACGAGAUGAUGAUACCGGUGGCUAUAAUCAGUUUCAAUUCAGUAUUUAUCUCGAAGCUAAUGCUAUAUACAUUUUGGUUGUCACGACGUACAGUCCACUUGUGAUGGGAGCGUUCUCGGUUAAUGUAUCCGGUCCAACUGGUGUUGCUUUCCAGUCCGUGACUACCGCGAUAACAACCACAACGACGGCAUCAACAUGUUCUUCGUCUGCUAUUAUUUCAUGCUAUUUAAGUACAUUAACAAACAAUAGUUCAACAUAUAAUCGUCCAAACAGUUCAAAAUUACCAAAAAUAAAUUAA